AUGAUGCUUCUCUGGACAGUAUUGCUGCCUUUGGCAGUGUCUGCCUCGAUUGACAGACAACAGAUUCUUUCCCAAUUUAAUGUCGUGCGGACCAAUCUCAUUGAUAACACCUCAACUCCUUUGCAAGUCGGUAAUGGGAACUUCGCCUUCAACGUGGACAACACGGGAAUGCAGAGUCUCCUCCCGUUCAAUGCACUGUCUAGCUGGGCAUGGCACAACGAUUCCCUGCCGAGCAACGGCGAGAAGCUGAGCGACUACCAUGGCCGGCCUCUCGAGACACACGGUCGAAAUGUGUCUUACGAUUAUCCCGAUUCCAAUCUUCCGCUGGUCUCACAGUGGCUGAUUGCUAACCCUAACCGCAUCAAUCUCGGCCGCAUUGGACUCAAAUACAAGGAUACUACUCUGGCGCCCUCGUUGAUCACUGAGCCAUUGCAGGAGCUCGAUUUAUGGGCUGGAGUCAUCACAUCGUCAUUUCGAGUGGAUGGACAGACGGUCAAGGUCACCACCCAAGGCGACUUCGAAUCGGAUAGCGUGGUCUUUGAGAUCGAGUCCGCUCUCCUGUCCUCCGGAGAUUUGAAGAUUGAAUUCGACUUUCCCUAUCCACCAAUCCACACAACAAAGUACAAGUACGAGGUCUUCGUAGGAAGCUAUGAGUUCCCAUUGAAUCACUCAACGACACUUGUUGAGUCCCAGGGAGACAGCAGCGCUCACAUUCAUCACGAGCUGCAGGAAACGGUCUACUUCGUCAAUCUGCGAUGGCCCGCGAAUUCUCCAUUAGCUUUAUCCAGGAACGAGCCCCAAAACUCAACCGCAGUCACAGCACAUCGCUACACACUUGCUCCCACAACGAUAGGUAACAGCUCCACUCCUUCUACGAUAUCCUUCACGGCGAAUUUCUCGCCCGAAAAGCAGGCCCCCGACUUGCCAUCUACAAUCCAGCAACGGAAUCCCGCCGGGUGGAAUGAAUACUGGGAGGAAGGUGGCUUCAUUGAUCUCACGGGGUCGACAAAUCCGAAUGCAACUGAGCUUCAGCGCAGAAUUGUUCUGUCGCAGUACCAUGUCCGUGUCAACAGCGCGGCGGAAGGACAGUCACCCCAGGAGUCGGGGCUGAUGAACAAUGGAUGGUACGGCAAGUUCCAUAUGGAAGUCGUGGUCUUGCACAACGCCCACUGGAUUACUUGGGACCGGAAGAAAUAUUUUGACGACAUCUUUCCGACCUUGUACGAAACUCUGCUUCCCUCCUCCCUGGACAGGGCGAAGAGCAUGGGUUGGGAAGGAGCCAGGUGGCCGAAAAUGACCGAACUCAUUACCGGACACAACUCCCCGGGCUCUAUCAAUGCGCUACUUCUAUGGCAACAGCCUCAUCCCAUGUACCUAGCCGAACUUGCCUACAUAGCAGACCCAUCCGAGGAAACCCUUGAGCGCUGGGAUGCCGUCUUAACUGCUUCUGCAGAUUACAUGGCUUCUUAUGCCUGGUACAAUCAGUCCUCAGGUCAUUACGACCUCGGCCCACCAGCAUAUGGCGUCACAGAGAACACUCCUCCUCUCGAGACACGAAACCUCGCCUACGAGCUUGGCUACUGGCAGUAUGGCCUCAACCUAGCUCGGACAUGGAAAAAACGUUCAAACGCAACCAUUCCCGAACAAUGGACUAUUGUCGCUGACAACCUCGCCCCGAUACCGAUAGCCGAUGAUGGGCUGUACACCCCAUAUGAGGGCCUCAACAGCAGCUGGUGGGACGAUCCCGAGCUCAACUCAGAUCCACGGAGCUUGAGUAUGUUGCGCGGGAUUUUGCCGAGCACAGGGACGCCCAGUGUGGAUGAGGAAGUUGCGAAGAAGACGGCAGACAAGGUCCACGAGGUCUGGGGAGGGGUGGAAGGGAAGGUAUUUGGGUGGGGUCGGCCGGUAUUGGCCAUCAACGCUGCAAGACUGGGCGAGCCGGAACGAGCGAUGGGUCACCUGACAGCGUUUGACUCCUGGGUGUUUGACGAUGCAGGAUUUGCGGAGAGAGGUGGUAAUGGCGGCACACCUCCACCGUUCCUGGAUGGAAAUGCAUUCUUUCUUCAUGCUGUGGCGUACAUGGCCGCCGGUUGGCAGGGCUCGGAAGGAGACGCACCAGGAUUUCCCAAGGAUGGCACCUGGUCUGUUAUUUACGAGGGUCUGCUGAAGGCUCCAUAA